AAUACUCCAUGAGGUAGGUAGGAUUAUUUGCUCUACUUUCAUGGGGAGGAAACUGAGAUUCAGAGAGGUAACCUGCCUUGGCCUCCCUGUGCCUCCAUUUUCCAAGGCCUGUCUGCUGGUCAGUCUUUCAGCUCAUGCUGGCUCUGCCCACAGUUCACCAUUCACCCACCUAUCAACGUUAAGGCCCAAGAUCAAGGUGGAGCCUCUCUAGGCUGCCACCCACCCUCUUGCCUUGGGGAAAAGCAUGGCCCCCUUCCCUUCAAUCUCACCCGAGAGAGGGGUCCCAGGGCAGGGCUGGUUAAGGACUGGGGCUGUACUCUCUUCCACAGGGGUCCCUUUGCCCAGGCUGGGACUUAAGAGAACAGGUCUUCAGGGUACAGAGACCCAUGUGCCUGGAGACACACAAACAGACACGUACAUAUACACAUGGGUAUCCUGCUUCACACAUGAACACAUAGACAAUUGUGUGUACACAGACACACACCCAUACACCCAGCCCUCUGCCUGUCAGACCAGGCCAGGCCUCUUGCUCAUGGCCACAGCUUCCUUCAUUGCCUUCUUGCUCCAGAGCCCAUUUAGGGGCAGGGCCAGGUGAGGAAGGGAGCUGGGAGGGGGUGGUGGUGCUCUUGCCCACAGGCAGUCACACAGACUGAGGCCAGAGACAGCCACAGGAAACAGGGCCAGGCUGUGUUCUUCUUCAACACUCCACAUCCACAGUAUGCUAGGCUCUGUGCAGGGAGCUGAAUACCCACCAAGCCCGUGAUAGACAAGCUCCCUGCCUUCUGGGCACUUAUGAUCCACCCCAUCAUUCUGGAUAGUUCCAAGGAUAUAAUGGGAACAAAGUGAGUGGGAGGGGGCCUCUCUGAGGACACCCAUUUGCACUGGGUCAAGGGAUCACCAGGCAGAGGGCACAGCAAAUGCAAAGGCCCUGGGGCAGCAAGGAGCUGAGAAGCCGAGGCUCAGAGAGGAUGAGGUGAAAGAUCAGAGUGUCAGGGGAGGAGGUGGGACCUCCAAUACCUGCAUGAGGAGUGGGCUCCAUCCUGAGUGUAGUGGGAGCCAUGUGUGCAGGGGCUUUUGGUCAGACCCGGAUGUCCCAAGGAUCCCUUGGGAGUGUUAGGGCGAUUGGCCCCUCCCUCCUCCCUCACAUCCCAUCCCCAGCCGGCCUUUAUGGCAGCCCAUUAAGCCCUGACAGUCACGAUAAUAGUAAUAAGUAGGUAAUAAUUACUAGCUGGUAUUCCUGCCUUAACAGCCCAACCAGGGGCUAAGGAAGAAACUGCGGGGGUGGGGGAGGGUGCCUAGAGUUGAGCACCCUCACCGGGGGACCCACAGCAGGCCCUGGCAGAGUUAAAAAGUAGGCAGCUGCCCGGAGGCAUGGACGUCGGGUUCUACUGGGUGGAUAAGAGCUCAGGCCUUGUCACAGCCCUGGCACCGCGUAAAGGUCACUCGCCCAGCCUCAGUUUCGCGUCAGUAAAGUCAGGAGCUUUAGACCGCACCCUGUGAAAAGUAUCAGGAUCAAAACGCUCCCAGUAACUUCUGGCAGCCCUCUUCUCCCCUCCCCCGUCUUUCUGGGGGCAAACACACCACUGGACAUUCGGGUGGGGGUGGAUGAAGGUAGACAUGGUCCACACCCCCAGGUAACCACAAGGCACCGUUCCCCCAAGCCUUCGGCUCCUAGAGCGCACAAAGCCUGGCCUAGGCGCGCUGAGGGAGGCACCGUCGGCGCAGUGAAGCGGUAGGCGCCAGGGAGUUAUUUAUCCAUCCGGGCCCAUCCACCCGCCCCAGUUCGUGGGGGCCGGUCUGCCCGCCGGGCCCCACGCGCGGACGGAGGGCGGAGCCUUGGGGCGGGCGCCUGGUGGCCGGGCCCAUCACGCCACCCGGGACGUGCCUUGGCGGGAGGCGGCGCUGGAGGCCUUAGUCGUACCCAACUCUCGGGAGGCUGGGGUGACCCGGCCCCUGAGCGCGGCCCGCCCCCAUGACGUCAACCCACAAGGCUGCGCGCUGUUGUGCCGUUUACCGCGCGUCACCGAGGUAACAGCAGCUGGGGGGGCGUCGGUGGCUUGGCCCCGCCCCUCCAUGUAAAUGAGCGACGUCACCCGCACCCAAUGGCGAGCGGGGCCAGUGAGCUCAUCGCGUCGGGCCGAGGCUAUAAGAGGGCGCGCGGGCUACGCGGCGCAGGAGCCGCCGCCAGCGGAGGGCCGGGCGCAGCGGCCGCGGCCGGGGCGGGCGUAGGGCCGAGCGUACGGGGGGGGGCGCGGGCCCUUCGGGAGGCCGCGGCCACUCCCCUCCCCCCCGGGCCGGCGCGGCGGGGGAGGCGGAGGAUGGAAACACCCUUCUACGGCGAUGAGGCGCUAAGCGGCCUGGGCGGCGGCGUCAGUGGCAGUGGCGGUGGUGGCAGCUUCGCGUCCCCGGGUCGCCUGUUCCCCGGGGCGCCCCCGACGGCAGCGGCCGGCAGCAUGAUGAAGAAGGACGCGCUGACGCUGAGCCUGAGCGAGCAGGUGGCGGCGGCGCUCAAGCCCGCAGCCGCACCGCCCCCAGCCCCCCUGCGUACGGACGGUGCCCCGGGGGCGGCGCCCCCCGACGGCCUGCUCGCAUCGCCGGACCUGGGGCUGCUCAAGCUCGCCUCGCCCGAACUCGAGCGCCUCAUCAUCCAGUCCAACGGGCUGGUCACCACUACGCCGACGAGCACGCAGUUCCUCUACCCCAAGGUGGCGGCUAGCGAAGAGCAGGAGUUCGCCGAAGGCUUUGUAAAGGCCCUGGAGGAUUUGCACAAGCAGAACCAGCUGGGUGCGGGUGCGGCCUCCGCUGCUGCCUCGGCUGGGGGACCCUCGGGCACGGCCGCGGGCGCCGCGCCUCCCGGCGAGCUGGCCCCGGCGGCGGCCACGCCCGAGGCGCCCGUCUACGCGAACCUGAGCAGCUACGCGGGCGGCACCGGGAGCGCAGGGGGCGCUGCGACGGUUGCCUUCGCCGCCGAGCCCGUUCCCUUCCCGCCGCCGCCCCCGGGCGCACUGGGGCCGCCGCGCCUGGCUGCGCUCAAGGAUGAGCCGCAGACGGUGCCCGACGUGCCGAGCUUCGGCGAGAGCCCGCCGCUGUCGCCUAUAGACAUGGACACGCAAGAGCGCAUCAAGGCAGAGCGCAAGCGGCUGCGCAACCGCAUAGCUGCUUCCAAGUGCCGCAAGCGCAAGCUGGAGCGCAUCUCGCGCCUCGAGGAGAAAGUGAAGACGCUCAAGAGCCAGAACACGGAGCUGGCGUCCACGGCGAGCCUGCUGCGCGAGCAGGUGGCGCAGCUCAAGCAGAAGGUCCUCAGCCACGUCAACAGCGGCUGCCAGCUGCUGCCCCAGCACCAGGUGCCCGCGUACUGAGCCUGCGCGCGGGGCGCAUGCGCGGCCCCCCCUCCCGAGAGGCGGGCUUGCGGCGGGGGGGGGACGGACGUGGGUGCCCCGGACUCGGAGAGGGCGCGGCCCCGGGGACGCCCCCUGGAUAGUGCCAGGACUCGGAGAGGGCGCCUCAGACUCGACAAGCUGGACCCCCUGCUCCCGGGGGGCAAGCGCAUGACCCCCCCGCCCUUGCGCUGCCUCUGUUUUCCGCGCGCGGCCACCCUGUGUUGCACAAAUUUAUGCGCUCGGCCGCUCCUUUGUACGCACCGCCGCCGAAGGGGGCUCCGAGGGGGCGCAGCCUCAAGCCCUGCGUUGCCUUUUCUUUUACUUUUUUUUUUUUUUUUGCAUUUGGAAGAGAGAACAGUGUUCGAUUCUGCCCUAUUUAUGUUUCUACUCGGGAACAAACGUUGGUUGUGUGCGUGUGUGUUUUCCUGUUGGUUUUUUAAAGAAAUGGGAAGAAGAAAAAAUCCUCCCCUUUCCUCGCUCCCCCCCUUCCGUCCUUCCGACACCCCUCCUCCCGCCCUUUUUUCUGUUUUUGGUUUUUUUUUCUUUCUGUUUUGUUUUGCUACGAGUCCACAUUCCUGUUUGUAAUCUUUGGUUCGCCCCGUUUUCUGUUUUCAGUAAAGUCUCCUUAUGCCA